CCCUCCACCUGGGUCCUCAUAGACCCUGGUCUUCCAUCCGUAGCCAUUUUGGCUCAAGACGUUUUCUCUCGAGAGGCCACUUUGGCCUGAGACGAUCUUGCCUGCAGCAGAAGCGUGGAGCCGAUUCCCACCGACGGCCCCCCAGCGCCAGCAGGAUGUCGCGCACGCCCCACGCCUCGUUUGACGACGGGUCCCGCGCCACGGCUACGCCCGUCGCCCAAGCAGCGGAGCACUCGCCCUGCGCCACGGCGGCGACGGAACUGUCACGCACGUCCCGCGCAGAGGGUGACGGCGAGUCCAGCGCCACGGCCACGCCCCCCGGCGCGGCGGCGAUGGAGCGAGCCAUUGCCAGCCGGCUGCAGUCGCAGCGGGACAUGCUGCGGGAGCUGGAGGAGCUGGAGGCCGCCGUCCAGGGCGUCGCCAACCAGCUCAAGUCGCGGCCGGCGAAGUCCACCGCGGCGCAGAAGUGGCAGUUCGCCCACGGCGUCGCGGAGAGGGCCCCCCGCAUCGAGGCGUGGGGCAGCGGGCACAAGCACGUCAGCGGCGCCUACACCUAUGUGCCCCCUGCGGACGAGCAGAAGCGCACGGGACCGGCAACGUACCAGAGCGCGGCGGACCCCGACAACUACUUGUACGUGUCGAUGGGGGGCUCCUGGUUCUUGGGCAACCUCGAGUCGAAGGAUGCCCGGCAGCAAACGACGCAGAAGGGCUACCUCCGCAGCACAAUGCCGGUCGAGCCCGGGGUGCUCCCGCACAUGACUGGACCGGGUUGGGAGGUCUUGGCUGGAGUAGACUUCGUGCCGAAGGAGACCAUGAAGUUCUGGCUGGCAGAGACGGUGCGGCUGGAGUGGCAGAAGGCCCGCGUCGACCUGGGCGGCUCCCCAGUAAUCUCAGUGACCGGCGUGAGCGAGGCCUUCGCAGACGGCCGCUUCGAUUUCGUGCCCGCGCAGAGCAGCAAGGGCGAGCCCCCAGUCUUCCAGCACCAGAGGCUGAAGAACGUGUGGAUGUUCCUCGGCACGGACCAGCGGUGGUGGAUCGGCAACACCAGCGACAAGAACGGCCGGACCCCUCGCGGCAUCGGGCGCACUUGCGGGCCCAUCCAGCCCGGCGUCGUCCCCACAGCCGACACGACAUUCGCCGUCUCCGUGAACAGCGCCUGGGAGGAGCGCAGGGUGCGGAUUCGGCGGGUGGAGGGGCUGCGCGCCUGCGACUGCUGGGCGGAGGCCGCUCGCAGGACUGGGCCGCUGGAGCUGUGGGGCAGCUCCGAGCUCUUCGGGGCCUUCGUCCCAGAGGCGGGCGAGCGUGGGCUGCCCCCGGUCUACCGGUGCAAGAAAGACGGCGGCGCGGUGUUCUUCGUCGGGGAGGACGGGCGCUGGUGGCUCGGCACUUCUUGCGAGGGCGGCCGGCCGAAGGAGGGGCGCGUCCGCAGUGUCCAGUCGGUGGAGCCAGGCACGCUGCCCGACGACCCCUCCGUCGCCUGGCUCGAAAAGGGCGCCUCGCAGCAGUGGUCGCGCGCCCCCGCCCUCCGCUUCUGCGCCCCAGAGGCCGUGGCGGCUGCGUGGCGCGCGGCCCGGGAGCAGGCCGCCGCGGACCCGGUGUUGUCACUGACUGGCUCGCCGUCCGACUUGGGCUACGACGGCCUGUAUGACUACAUCGCAGAGGAGGGCAAGGAGGACGGGCCGCCCUGCUUCAUGCACCAGAUCAACCAGGAGCGGUGGAUCUACCUUGGCGUGGACGGCUGCUGGUGGGUCGGCGCCAAGGAGUUCGUCGCGGGCGGCCUGACGAAGGGGCGGCUGUGCACUGGCCCUGUGGGCCCCGGCGACCUCCCGCUCGCCCCUGGCCGGGCGGCCCAGUGGCAGUCGUGGCACAGCGGCUCCAAGGCCUGGGUCGCCCAGCCCAGCACCAGCCUCGCCGUCUCGUGAGCGCGCGCGCGCGGCUUCUCCGACGCGCCAGCCGCCCCGGGCUCGGGGCGCCCAGUUCGCCCCUUGCUUGGCGGCCGCCCUCCGAGUCAAGUCGACCGAAUGCACAGUCGCUUUUCCCGAAUUUGCUCUUCGCAUCUGCGCCGAUAAGAGACCAGACUCGCCGCGGCAGCCUCACGACGCACGGUUCCCGCUGUCUCAUUUUUUGAGGCGCGCCGCACUUGUUCUUCGCGUUUGAUGAGUGCGAUCUGUUGGUUGGAUUUCGCUCCAGGCUUCAGAGACACCACCAUCCACAAAUAAACACAGCGCUUUCGGUUCGACUGGGAAAACAAAUGAACCCUGGUCUUCCAGGAGGACUCGUUCUGCCCUGGCAUCGCGCUUGCCUGCGUCCUGCCCUUCUCUUCCCGCCGCCCCCCUUGCCCUCCGCCCACCGUGUCCCCGGUCCCUCUCCGUCCUGGCACUUCUGCCCCGCUCGUCAGGCCCGCCCUCCCGCCGGCGCAUCGU